AUGGCCGACAAGUCUGGCAAAUGGAACAACCCAGUCCUCCUCGAGUCUUUGGUGAUGGCUUUCCACGGCCUUGCCAAGUCAGCAGACGGUCUCACAAAGGAGUCCAAGGACGCGGUCGUCGCCAAAGCCCACAUCUGGGGCUUCACCGACAUGACUUGGGAAGGCAUUAGCCUCCUUGACGCAACUUCUCCUCUCUCAACUUUCUCUCUUGUCGAUCCCCCUUACUCAUCAUCUCGCUCGUCUUCAUCUUCCUUCAUCACAAGAUUAUUCCAAAUCGCCACGAUGUCUCGUCACUAUCAGAAGUGGACUCCCGAGAUCGACCAGCAAAUUCUUGCUGCCAUGGUCAAGGUGAUGAUUCCGACCGCCGAGCAAUACAAUGCCAUCAUGGAGGAACUCGAGCCUUGCGGAUAUGGCUUCACCGCCAUCACCAUGAAGUGA